AUGAAAAAAGAUGAGUCAAGCUCACAUAGAAAAUUUACAAAGAAUUAUGACAUAUGCAAUCUCUUUAUAGGCUUUGUUACAUCAUAUGUUAAAAAUUUGUUAAAAGGGGUUGAAGAAAUCACAAAGAUGAAACAAAAACACAAAUGGAGUGAUCAACUAUUGAACAGAUUUAUGGAGAAGCCUUUUGAAUCGUAUUUGGGAGCAGGCUGCAAACCGACAGGACAUGUCACCGAAACGGAUUUUGUUGAUGCUUACAAGCCAAAUCAAGGAAAAAAUAACAGUGAGGAGAAAAGAUUGCAAGAGGUUCUGGACAGUGACACAGCGAUUUUGACAGCAGCAAGAAAUGGCAUAGUUGAAAUAGUGGAUGUGCUCCUAAGACAAAUACCAAGUUCAAUAUACGAAGUUAACUUGGAAAGUAAAAAUGUAUUACUUGUAGCAAUUGAGAACAGAAGACCCAAUGUAGUUGAGGCAUUAUUGAAAUGGGUUCAAGAGAAUAAUAAAAUGAGAAUAUUUCAUAACUUAAUCCAAAGUAGGGACAUGCAAGAGAACACUGUUACAUUUAGCUGCAAGAAUAAGUGAUGAUCAAGAUUGGCAUAUGAAAUGGUUUGAGGUAUUUAUAUUUUUAAUAUAGCAUAAGUUCACCUCCAGCCUA